CCCAGUCUCUGUCUCGUCGUCUCUCGUACGACGUUGCGUUCACUCGUUCCUUCAUUCCAUCAAAAUUCGGGCAUUCCCGGGCGCACAGUUGUACAGUGUGAACCACGGUUCGAGUUUCGAUUGAUUUUUUUCGUAUUUUUUAUUUCUUCAAGAUUUAAUCAUAAGCGUGGCUAGCCAGGGAAUAAAAAGGAAAAUGAGUAGCUCCGAGGAGGUUUCUUGGAUUUCCUGGUUCUGCGGACUUCGUGGCAAUGAAUUCUUCUGUGAGGUGGACGAGGACUACAUUCAGGAUAAGUUCAAUUUGACCGGACUGAACGAACAAGUGCCGAACUACAGACAGGCACUUGAUAUGAUUUUAGAUCUGGAACCGGAAGAUGAGAUAGACGACAAUCCGAACCAGUCCGAUCUGAUCGAGCAAGCGGCUGAGAUGCUGUACGGUCUUAUCCACGCUAGGUAUAUCCUUACGAAUCGCGGUAUAGCUCAAAUGAUAGAGAAAUAUCAAAGCGGUGACUUCGGCCACUGUCCGCGGGUGUACUGCGAAAGCCAACCGAUGCUUCCAUUAGGUUUAUCUGAUGUGCCUGGUGAGGCCAUGGUGAAAAACUACUGUCCCAAGUGCAUCGACGUCUACACACCAAAGUCCUCGAGACACCAUCACACGGACGGGGCCUACUUUGGCACCGGUUUUCCUCACAUGCUGUUCAUGGUACACCCCGAGUAUCGCCCGAAACGUCCCGCCAACCAGUUUGUGCCGCGCUUAUACGGCUUCAAGAUCCACUCGUUAGCCUAUCAAAUUCAGCUUCAGGCAGCUGCCAACUUUAAAGCGCCAUUGCGAGGGGUAAUGAACAGCAAUCGGGGCCCUUUGGAAAAUGUACUAGUGUCAAAAGCCCCGAAAACCGAAUGCAAAGCUUAAUCGUUUGAAUGAGUUUGCACUGUGCAUUGAGUAUACAUAUUUUUUACAUUGUUACAAAAUUUGGCAUCCGAGGCACAUCAUGUCCUUGUGUGAUUCUGUAUCUGAACAUUUUUUUUCCGUUGGUAUAAACAUUGAAAAUAUCUAUACAGCCAGUUGUAUGGAGGUUAUUGUACAUAACCGAAUUGAGCUAAAAACAUUUAUUAUAUUUUAUUUCAAAUUAUAUCAUUGCACUUUUGGUUUUUCACACAACGUCGUUUCGAUACCGGAAAAUCAUAACGGGAUCGUUUGCAUGGGUUACCCGUGGAGAUUGUUCUAGGACGUUCCCAGAAACUACUUACUAUUAUUCUCGAGGAUUUUUUUUUCUUUAGUCGAAGUCAAUAGCUAUACAUUGUUCUUUAAUUUCUCUAUAACUGGAGCUUUUCCGGACAAAUUCAAAAUGGCCUGAGUUAGAUAGGAUUAAUGUAGUAUAACUAGCAAUAAUUGUGUUAAUGGUGAAAACGCGAAAAUCACGUUAGCUUCAACACAGUGUAAUCGACCGACCGAUCCUGCAAAGUUUCCUUCAUAUUCACCAGAAAUCCCUUACUGAUUUUAGUGCACUGUACAAAAAAACGUGUUAAAUUUUAUUAAGUAGACUCUGGGUACAAAUCCUUGAAUAACUUCCAGGAGUGGCCCAAAGCGUGCACGGUCGUUUGACGUAAUGAGUAUUUGGCUUACAUCUGUUGUUUUUUCAAGUUUGUAUUUGUGAGGCAUAAACCAGCGUUGCUUGACUACCAUGAUAGCAAUCUCGUCAUUUUUUGAAAAUUUUAAUUCUGAAACUGACAAUCAAGUCUUGGUCCACGACAGAGGUUCGAAGUAAAACAAAGUGAUCGAUGAACGGAUCUCAGCUUGACCCGGAAGUUUAUAUUAGGAAAAUAUUUCGAGGAUCCGAAAAACCAAUCUUUGAAAUGUUACUAAUGAAGACAAAACAAUUAAAUUGGAUUCAAUCAAGUUGACUGGUUGACCAAACUUACAAUGAUCUAGUGUGUACUGAAAGUAAACUAAAUUAACAUUUCGAAUCAUAUUUUUUAUGUAUCCGCUCAUCACUUUCAGUUUUUUUUCUAUAACUUCAAAAGGAGCGUCAAGCAAAAUCAACCAUCGACCGCAAAUCCUUAAGUUAUCUCAGCCUGCGUUUUAAUGGAAUGUUUGACCGUUAGGAAGACAUACUAAGUUUGUCGAAACAGAAGAUACAAAAUUCCUCACCUGGUUACUGCCAAUGCGUGGCCUUUUGUCGAUCAUAUUUGCAGUUUUCCAUCGAUAAUUACCAUUAUUUUUCUAAUGUUGAUAGCGGUUGUAGCUUCUUUCUUUAUGCCAUGCACAGAUUUUUUGUAAAGUGCUAUUACUGUCGCCGCGUAAAAUUUCCUGAAUUUGGUCGUGAUUAGCUCAAUUGAAUUUGAUUGUUUCAUUAUUUUUAAAGUUUUAUGUUUCUAACGGUUCUCCAAAAGUUCUAGCGAUCAAGGUUAAAAAAUUGUUUAAAAAUGCCAUUUUUUAAAUCUUGCUUCUAUGAGACCUUAUUUUAAUUCAAACAAUUCUUGUUACGUAAACGUCUAGAACUGGAUCAAUGUUUACUUGCUAUGCAUCACAUAAAUAAAUAAUUGACCUCACAAUAUAACUGAUACCCCUUCGUAUAUUCUAUCUCUAGUAGCGAUUUUGAUAGGUUAAUUACCUUCGAGAUUUGCGUGUAGACGGUCGCCUCCAUACUAUCCGAGUAUCCCCAACAACUCCCAAACAAAUCGAUUGUAAUACUUUUUUUGACUGGUUUAAGGUAAAAUAAAUAAAGAAAAAUGAUGCCAUCUUACAAGAUUGUUGCUCAUUCUUUCCGAAAAAUCAUUUUUUCAGAAAGAACGAUCAUCAAUGCGAAGGAAAUGUUAUGGUCAAACCCGGCGCUUAAGUUAUGUCUUCGAAUGAAAAAAAAGCCACGGCCAACCAAUAAGACGAACAAAAACAGUUAAAAUUAUUUAACUGCUAUUGUUGCUUAAUUAACAGUCUUGUGAUUUGCUGUUUAUUUGGCUGUUAUUUCUUCAAAUGAAAAUUAUGAGAUUAUUCGCUCUGGCCGCUAUUAUUAUUCUCUCUCCAAAUUCAUCAUGAUCACACAGUAGAUUGAUUUUUUUUUAUUUCAUCCUUAGAUUCAUUCUCCUCGUUUUUGGGGUAGUAAAAUUGCUAGCCCCAUGUGCGGGUUUGGGAAUCAAACCCAGAUGAACUGCCCGUAAGGCAAUCGACUGGAAUGAUUUGGUCGAAUCCGACUUUUAGAAGCUUAUCUGAGCAUGUCUAUCAUCAUAUAUUUAUGUUAUCUGCAUUCGUUAUUCCGUUCUAUAACAACUCAAAGAGCUCCUUUCAUCUAAAAGCCACUCCUAUACGACCAGUCAAUAGUUUCAGUUUCCAAGAAAACCUUUGUGUCGCACCCACACUUCUUACGUUGGUGAUGUUUUUUUCACGAUUAUUUUUUGCUCACAUAUGCUGGUCUGAAAUGUAAGUCAGUCCAUAAUCUGAUUUUUUCUCGUGUGUCGCACUCUGAUGAUAAACAUCGAACCAACCGCUUCACUGAUUUCGGAAUAUAGCAUCUAACAUUGUUAUACCUGUAGAAUUGAUAGCCUUAGAAACCUGCCGCCAUACUGCGUUUUAUCAUGUAGAUAUGGAAUGUUUUAUAUUUGUUACAUUUUGUUGGUAUAUAAAUUUGUAUGAUAAAGAUAAAAUAUGACUUCAUUAUGCAGUGUGUCCUCUGGUUGUCCGUUCCGGGAAAGCCAUUGCUGAUAACUUCGGAACGAUUUGCUUUAUUCUCUUUGAUCGUAUCAUACCAUUUUUCUAUUUCUUAAUUUCCAAACAAUUUUCAAAUAUGACAGUUAUCUUCAGUUGACCGCUCUUUGCUUUGUUCGUUGAUAUUCUACGGCAAUGCUUCGAGCCUACGGUCACUGUAUUUUUAAUCGCAUGGUUGAUUCCGAUGGUCCUGAAGUCGAAUAAUUGUGAUAAAUGGGCGUUAGUCAGAACAUGUUCGAUUUGAAAUUUUUAUGUGUUUCCACGUCUGCUGGUGAGUUGAGAUUUGUGCAAAUAGGUACUAUUUGAUAUUGGUGGUUAUUUGAUGCACUCCUUCCAAAUAACUGAGCGAAACAACUCUUCCAUUUCGACCUGUGCAUUUGCGUUCUCGAAAAUGAGUUUCCCGGUCAUUGUCGGGUUCUCUCGCGCGCCUGAUUAUCCUUUUGUUCUAUGGAAUACUCUAUAUACGUGGGACAAUCAUGCUUAGAUCGGCAGCAUAGAACUUGUACAGACUUCACCCUCUGAAGACAGAUGACUUCCGUUUAAUUGCACUAUGUUAAUAAUCAAAUGCAAUUGCAUUUCACCAUCAAACAUCAGAUACUAGUAUUUCGACUAAAACGUAUAAUAGCAUAAGAGUCCCAUAUGAAUUUUUGUUGUAUCAAUACUGAAUCAAAAUGCAUACAUAAGAUUACCAAGUUUGUUUAGAAAAUAUUACUUUUCCUUUCCCUUUGCUUAUCAUUUUGGUACCAUCCGAGGAGCACUUGGCCUUGUACCCACUGCUCUUCCACCAUCCUAGUGGUUUUCUCCAUUUAUCACUGGCGUCACAUGUGAUAUUUGGAUACGGAAAAUGAUUUUCUGAGCAGGCAAUCAAAUGAAAGAAGAUUGCCAGGUAAUUAGUACACUUUCUGCACCAGGUAUCAUAUCGCAUUUGUAUAUACACAUAUUAAGUGUAUCUACUAUACGAUAUGAUGGCCGGAAGGAUAGAUAAGCAACCCAAGCUCCCCAAGAUUACCAAGUUUGUUUAGAAAAUAUUAAAAAAAAAUACCAAAGUAUGGUUGUCCCAUCCCUAAGGCUCAAUGAAAAUGUAAAUCUUGAACAGCGUUUUUCUCCGCUUGCUGUUUUUCAAUAUGGGACUCUUAUGUUGUAAUAGGCAGUAUACCGCCGUUCUACGCCGAAUUGUCUCAUGUUGCAAAACUGGCAACUGAAAAAAACGCGAUUGAAGAUAAAACUUGUAUUAGCAAUCUGGAGAGAAACGAUGCAACGAAUAAAGUUUUAUUGUCUAGAAUUACGUUCAUGGCAAACGUUUCUAAUACAAUCAGUCCAGGGGUGACAUUACGCAUCUCGAAACGAAAGGUUUAUUGUAGGGGAACCCGGGGUUAUUCGGACCUACUUAAGCAAAUCUCCCGUUUAGGUGGAUAGAUGUGAAAAAAGUUACCGAUCAAAAGUCCUAAUUGUUAGUUUGAAACCUCAGCUACAUUUUGGUGUCAUAAAAGGUUCAUUUGCACCACUCAAUGGUAGCACUAGGCGACGAUUUGCAAACCUCUAUGUUUUUCCAUCCUUUUACAAUGUAGGGGUAAUUCGGACCUCCCUACGGGGAAAUUCAGACCGUCAUUUUUCUCAUAUCAUGUCCGAAUUACCCCCACUGUCUUAAUAGCCCCGGGUCCCCCUAUACAAACUUGUAUGAAAAAGUCGAGUCGAAUUGGUUGCAUUAUGUGGCCCCAGUUUUUCAUUAUUUAAAUCCAAUUAAUGUUUUUACAAAAAAAUGUUAAAUGGCGAAAAAUCGGAUAGACACCGGCCGCAUAUUUACGCAUAUCAGUCCUACCACGAUCUAUGCAAACGAUGUUCGUUACUCAUUUGGUUUACAAAGGUGUAUGUCGAGAGUUUUCUUGUUACUCGGAAGAUUGUUGGCUUCGUCAAAAUCGGAAAUAAAUGCGUUCGUCAUGUUAUAAGUAUUUGGAAGCAAUAAUAGUGAUGAAGAGAUUUGCAGGAUUGAUCUUACUGUUGUAACUAUUAUCACCACACCCAUCUCUUUUUUAAUGAAACUUUCUUUUUGCCCGACAUCUAGCCUAAUGUAUUUUAUAACUAAGCGCUACAUAAUUAUUUUUUAUUGCAUGUUUUUUAGGCUUUUUGUUAGUGGGACAAUUAUGCGUAUGGGACAAACUGACUUGUUAUUUUUUCACGGAGUCUUCGAACAAACUGUAUGAUUUGAAUAUCUUCUGAAAAUAUACUUCAAAAAGGAAUGUUUGAUGAAAAAAAGUGAAAAUGCUCAAAAAGUGACAUGGGACAAUUAUGCGUAGAACGGCAGUAUAGGGUCAUCCAAAAAAUGACUGGCAAAUAACAAGGCAGCAAUUCAAACAUAAUAAAGGUUACGGACCUGACCUGUGGUUUAUCAAUUUAACCCUAUAUAAGGCCCAGAGUUUGGGGGUAAUAAUGAAUGUUAUAUUUAUAGAAACGCGGUUGUUACACUUAGUUUAGAAUAUAUUUACAUUUAUUUCGCAAUAAAAACUGUUUUGAAAAAGGUGGCAAUAUAGUUGGUACCGCCCGGUAAAAACAUUUCACGAAACUCUAUUUCUGAAGGAUAGUAUGCUGCCCAUAAUCGCACGUCAGUCCCAUGUUCUACGGGUUUCCGUAUCUAAAGGGCGAACACGAAAUUAUUGCGGCACCGAAAAUGUCAUGUCAAUUUUCUUAUAAUGUUUAAAAUCAAACCAAAAUUUUAGGGUAGUUUUAUACAUAUAUUUACUUCAAAAAUCGAAAGAAAAGUUAAUCGAUGGAGCCUUGAGUGUAAAGUUGAACGCAUUUUCGCUUGAUGCCCUCCAUCAAAGUCUUUACAGUGUCAUCCGGUACCAGUUUCUCAGUUUUUUCCAUUUUCUUAACAUGUCCUUCUCGUCUUUGACUGUCUUCUUGCUCUUCCGAUGUUCCCGCUUCAUCAUUGCCCAGUACUGCUCCACCGGGCGCAGCUCCGGACAGUUUGGCGGAUUCAUGUCCUUUGGAACAAAAUGGACAAAAUUGGCCUCAUACAACUUAAGGACACUUUUAGAAUAGUGGCAUGAUGUCAAAUCUGGCCAAAAUAGCGGAGCUUCGUCGUGCUGCUGCAAGAACGGCAAAAGGCGCUUCUCGAGGCACUCAGAUUUGUAGAUCUCGCCAUUUACUGUGCCAUUUGUCACAAAAGGCUCAGUCCGCAAGAGCAGAUGGCCUGCCAAAUGAGAUAUUUGUAGGCGAACUUCGACAUUUUCUUCUUCUUAAAUUUGUCGUCCACAUAGAACUUGCUCUUGCCGGUGAAAAACUCCAACCCCGGAAUUUGCUUAAAAUCGGCUUUUAUAUACGUUUCGUCGUCCACCACACAGCUGCCAUAUUUUGUCAGCCACUUCUCGUAGAGCUUCCGUGCCCGAGUUUUAGCCGUCGAUUGUUGCCGCUCAUCGCGGUUUGGGAAGCUCUGUACCUUGUAAGUAUGUAGUCCAGCUCUCUUCUUUGCAUUCUGGACGUAGCUCUGCGAAAUGCCGAUCUUUUUAGCCAAAUCACGGCUUGAGACGUUGGGAUUUGCUUUAAUCAUCCGCUUCACCUUUCCCUCCGUCUUUUUGUUCUCCGGUCCCGGUUUUCUUCCAGCUCCCUUACCGUGGUCCAACGUCAACCGCUCCUGGAACCGCUUCAACACUCUGGAGACGGUUGAAUGGUGAAUGUUCAACAUUUUUCCCAACUGCCGGUGCGACAGGUCAGGAAAUUCCAGGUGUUAGGAAAGAAUUUGUUCUCUCGACUCGCGUUGGUUCACCUCCAUUUUCGUUGAAUCGAAAAACACGACUUCGAGUUUGUUGUAAACAAUACACAUCAAUGAGAAAGUGUGCAAAAUUUGGUUGAUUUUUACCCAAUGGUAAAAAAGUUAUGCCCUGUUGAAUGUGUAGCAAUAAUUUCGUGUUCGCCCUUUAUAUGGGACUGGCUUGUGAUUAUAUGCAGUAUAGGAAGACACCCAAACAAAAACUUAUGCUAGUCGCCGUCAUGCCCGUUUUUAUAAAACUAUUUUUGUAAUUGCUAGGUUUACUAUGUUUACCUCCACCUCUACGCAGGCCAGUGCGCAGGUCAUUUUAAGAGGGGGGGGGGGUCAAUUUUCUUUGUUUCUUACAAAAGAAGGGUAUACCAACCCUCAAACUUUGAAGAUGUUUUCUCAGGUCUAGAGGGCCUAUUCUUUUGUAUCAAUCAACUCAGCUCAACAAAUUGGGACGAUGUCUGUUAUCGAGAAGGAAUCUUCAACAGACACUUCCGCUCGUGAUAGUGCGGAUUCUUACUGCAGUGAUUUGUAGUAAACUUACCGACUAUACCUAAACCUUUUGUUCUUCCCAGCCUUCAUCCUUGCGCAAUCACCGUCAGGCAUUACUUCAGUAGAGAAUGUGCGCUUGCUCUUUUCAUUUUGUGUUAAAUGUUCGUAGUUUUCCCAUUGCAUGCGUUUCUGAGGUCUGCUGUAAAUAUUGAUACCUGUCGAGACACGAAACGAACCCGCGGAUGAGUCCCAUAUGUUAUUUACGAAGCAGCUGAAGGCUUCUAAUAUGAUGUCUGCAGUGUAGCAUAGUUAUUUGUAUGCCACCAGGAUUCAUUGUACGGUAAAAGAACAAAUUAAAAUAAUAUAUUUAUUGUAUCCUAUAACAUUGAUUCUGAAUAGAAAUCUUCGGUUAUUUGUUCCGCCAUCAGAAACGAAAUGAUCGCGUGGGUUCGUAAGGUCAUAGUACAUAGUAUUUUAUUCUCAUUCUCUCUGGUACCCACUCGAUAUCCCUUUUCGCAAAUCUUAGUUGACGAGGAAAAAGAUUUUCAAAUUUAAUUCUUUUGAGUGGUUUAAUAGCGCGGAUAAGGGGUAAUUUGUUUGUCAACGAAAAUAUUCUCCGGGUGGGGGAUUUAUGGUUCAAUUGGUCCUGCAUGUAGCUGCACAAAUUGAUCCACGUAGAUGAAUCUUAAUAAUCGGCUUCUCUCCCGGUUAUGACAUACAGUCUCCGGAUAUCUGACAAGUGGACUUGCUGAAACUGACUGAAAUCACAAUUGUUUCUGUUCAAAAAUUGCGGCUCGGUGCAUGAAAUUAGCGGAAACCAAUCACGAACGAGCUUCGAUCAGAUGAAUUAAAAUCGGUUUUUUCAUGUGUGUAUGCUACCUUCCACCCUUUUGUAAACGAAAAUGAUGGCCGUGUACAGCUUACAAAUAUUUCCUUCUCGGUAGUGUACAGCCAUCCGUUCGUCCCAAACAGCCAAAUACGAAUAAUAAUAGGAACAAUUCUGCAACGGAUCUAUAUUUAAAUCUUUUCAUCAUUAAAGUGUUCGGUUGGUGCACCAUAUUGACGACCCUGGCCGAGAUGAGCUGAAAAUUUCUACCAUUUUCGAGUAGUUCUCGAAAGAUUUUUUGAGACACAGUUUUUUUUCGUUAUUAAUGCAUGGGAACAUGAGGAGACUUGACCAAGCGCGAAGUUCAACAAUUAUCAAUAACGUGUUCUAUUUGGUUCUUAUUUUUUUUUUUAUUUUUUAUACUUGUUUCGAUCCCGUCAGGUAAUUUUGAAAGUUUGGAGUGAAAAAUCCUUUCCUCAUAGAAAAUAUUCCGUAAUUCAUGAAUUUGUGUUAAAUUAUGUAAUUUUUUAUCAAAUUUUGUAUGGAGAUAUCAUCUAGAGUAAGGAUUUUUUCAUAGAUCUCAUAUACCAUAUUAAUCCUUAUGAUGUAGUGAAAUGAUUCUACAUUAAUCGGAAUAAUGGAGUAGUUAUUUAUAAAAGUAGCACGUCACUGGACGUCAGAACUAAUGUUGGGAAGACUUGACCAAGUGCCAAUAUAUGGCAGAAAGAUACAAAAUUUCUGAUAUUUACUAUUCUGUGGUACCUACUGUGAAUGUUAAUCACGUCACAAAAAUCCCAACUUAAACACCAGUUUAUUUUUUUGUAGUACUAGUCAACAAAGUUAGCAGUUAUAUGGCUGAUUUCGUGACAUGUGAACAUGCAAUGUAACCAAUACAGUUAAUCCCAAAAAGAAAAUAGGUUUAAAAAAUCCAAAUCCAUAAAAUUACUCGUUUUAUAUUUUUACUGGUACUAAGGAUCUCGAUCUCGAGAUUACAGCAUGUUUUCAGGCCAUUAAGUUUUUGAUCUGAUAUUUUAAAAUUCGCUCGAUCAAGUCUCCCCGACUUGACCAGAAAAAACUUUUAUAACUUUUGAAUAAAGUAAAUUGACAAUUCUGCAAAAAAUCAUGUAUACGCCCAAUACUUUUGGACAUUACAUUUCAAGGAAUAGAAAACUUGAAUUUAAAGGAUAGAAAACUUUUUUCAGAAAGUCAUUCUGUCAAGUAUAAUGGAAGUUAUUGACGUUUAAAAACUAACACGACUGUCAGAGCCUAUAUUUUGAAAUGGGACUCCUAGAGCGAAUUUGGACCAUAUUAACACGUGCCCAAAACGAUUGAAGUUUUAUAUGAGAGUUACAUGUAUUUUUUCAUACGUUUUAAUUUUUAAACUUGGUGGAGCUCAAAAUGGUGCAAGAUUUCAAACGGAUUGUUUUCGGAAUCUCUAAAAAUGAGAUUUUAAAAAUACUGCAUUAUAAAAAUGCUCAUAUUUCGGGUUUUUCUUUGCAAAUUUUUUUUUUUUUUAUUUUCUAUCAUUCAUAUUUUUUUCUCAUGGUGUGCGCGAACUUUACCAAAUUUUAAAAUUUUUCGAUUACAUUGAAAAAAGUUAUAAACGAAUGGAAAAAUAGUGUAAUUCCAAUAUAAAACUUCAAUCGCUUUGGGGCACGUGGUCCAAAGGUCCAAUUUCGCUAAAAUUUGUUCCAUUUUUUUGGAUAUCUUGAUUCAUCUUUGACCGGCGAUGGACAAAAUUUCAACAUCGCAAAAAUAACUGCCACCCUACUCUGCAUGACCCUUUUCUGCGAUGCCUAAAACAGCGCAGAAUCGUGUUGCUUUAGAAACAGUAAACGUUUUCGGGUACUCGUUCACACAAAUUGACGAUCACUGAAUAUGUUACUUUAUAAGCCACGGGUGCAGAUAGCCCGCCACACCAGCUAUUUCCUAGCGACCUGCGACAGUUUCAUAUCCAUUUUGCAUGGCGCGAAAAAAAAUUAUUGAUGCGUGGUUCAGCUUGCUUGAACACACCUACAAAAUGUGGGGUGCUCAGGAUCACACUACGACUAAUUUCUGUACUAUCGCUCUACGCAUAUUUGUUCCAUGUGUAUAGGGAAUCCAUAGCACAUAGGUCAGUUAUUCAUAUAGCGGCAGUUGAUGAGUUGUAAUGAAUAUAGUUCAUAGGAUCUUGAUCUACUCGGAAAGCAAUUUUUAGGUUAGUCUGGGCUAGUUUUUAGAUCAGCCUUCAGCUUUCUGACAAUUGAAAAUAAUUAAACCUUGUUUCGAUGAUAGAAGUCGGCUUAAUCUGCACUGCUACUGCACUUAUUAAUUUCUAUCCUUGUAGUUGGUGGUAUCGAUGUAUUAGUCAUGCGAAAGAGAAGCUUAUUAAUUUUUAUCUGAAACGGAAAACAUUGAACUUCAGCUCCGAUCUUUGUAGGUUUAUGGAGUGGGAUCAAAAUCAUCCAGUAUUCCAAGAAGGAUAGCAUCCAUAGAUUGACAUAAUAUUUAAAAUUGAAACAAUCAUCAGAUUGUUUGAUUGUAGUCCACUCAAAAGAGAAAAAAAAUACCCUCAAAUUUGAGCCCGUCGAAAACCUCAACCAAGACUAUGGGGCCAUCGUUGAAUUUGAUUGUUUAGUUCCAUGGGUUAUUCCAACAAUCGUCAGUUCAAUCAAGGUUGACGUAAAUCAUGCUUUCGCACCUUCCAAAACCGUGAAGAAAAAAUUUUACUCUUCUGUCGUACCUCAAAUACAGUGAAGACCCGUUUUUAUUAGACCCUUGGUGAUUUUUGGGCUGAUAAAACGGGGACAUUAACAAAAUCGGGACAUAUAAUUUUCUUUCUUUUUGGGAAACCGAAGUCUUCUUUAGUCCCUAGAUAAAGCCUCAUAACUUUUCCCGAUCAUUCAGCUUAAAUUUUCCUUUAGGGGGUCUGAUAAAUCAAAAUAUUUUUUUGCAUAUUUCGGAUCUCGAAAAUAAGAACAAUAUGGUCAAGAAAGGAUUUACUCGAAUUCAAUUUGAUUCGUCUGCUAGAGCCCAUCAAACUACCAGCUAUCAAUUUUCAUAGACGGCUGAUAAAAUCGGGUCUUCAUUGUAUAUUAGAGUGAAUCAUGAUUCUUUAAUCCCAACCUAAUGUGAUAGUGUUGAAACUUUUACUAAGCCAAAUAGCCAUUUCGCCAAACGACCAAAUCUUCGUAUAAUUUUAGACCUUAGAACUGUCAACCUGAAAGCAGACAAAGCAGUGUAUCUAAAUUAUUUCUUCUCCGUCUCCUUCCUCCUCUCCGUUACGGCACUUUGGCGUAUGGAUCAUACCAUUAACAAUUACCGCACCCGAAUCACCCCUUGCUCACCUUCCCGCGUCGGUAUUAUUACCCAGUGAAGUGUUCGGCAAAGGUAAUGGACAACUGAGG